GGCGGGCACCGGAAUAACAAAGCCCAAAUCCACAAAACCAGCUUCACUUUCUCAUUUCUUACUUCUGUUUUUGACUGACUAAUACCCUAACACCUUCCUCACAAAUUCAAACACACUCUCUCUCUCUCUCUGAAGAUGAAGAUUACUGAAUCCUCUGAGAACAAUGUUGAUGCUGGAAAUGAUUCUACCCUUAAACCCAAUGAUAAUGAUUCAGUUCCAGUUGAGCUUCAGGAUCAUGCAGAAGAGCUUCAACAAACUGUUACUAAGGAUGGUGAGAUUCAAGAUGAAAAAACAUUGGGUCUGAGUUCAGAAAAUGGAGAAUUAGUUGAGGUAACCAAUGAAUCUGCGGUUUCUGAUGCUAAAUGGGUUUGCAAAAGUCCAGAUGGUGGAUUAUCUUCAGGGUGGAACAAUAAACCAUGUUCUUACCCUUAUUCUCUUGUGGGGGAUGAGGAAGCAAUUAUGGCAGUUUUGCAUUUACAGCACAACGCAAUAGAAGCUUGCCAAAAGUUCUUAGCUCCCGAUGUUGGUUCUGACAGCGAUGAUGAUGUUAUUGAAGAUGAAGAUGAAGAUGAGGAUGAAAGUGAAGAUGAGUUGGUAGAAAAUUGUGAAGAAGAAUCUAAAGAGUAUAGAUUCUUUGAGAAAGUGUUCGCUGAAGAUGCUGGCUUGAGGAAAUAUUACGAGAACAAUAGUAAAGAAGGAGAUUUUUAUUGUUUGGUUUGUGGUGGUGUUAAGAAGAAAAUGUGGAAGAGGUUUAAGGAUUGUGUUGCACUGAUUCAGCAUUCCACUACUGUACUAAGGACGAAAAGGAUGCGAGCUCACAGGGCUUAUGCACAAGUUGUCUGUAAAGUUGUUGGUUGGGACAUUAAUCAGUUACCAGCUAUUGUGUUGAAGGAUUUGAAUUCCUCCUUAACAGCUUCAAGGGAGCUUUUGGUUGAACCUGGAAAACCUGCUGCUGCAAGUGAUGUUGAUGACCAAAAUAAUUCUUUGAAGGAAGGUGAGAUUCCAGAUGAAAGAGCAUUGGAUUUGAGUUCAGAAAAUGGAGGAAAGUUAGUUGAGGUAACUCAUGAAUAUGUGAUUUCUGAUGCUGAAUGGGUUUGCAAAAGUCCUGAUGGUGGAUUAUCUUCAACAGCUUCAGGAUGGCCGGCCUUCAACACUAAACCAUGUUCUUACCCUUAUUCUCUUGUGGGGAAUGAGGAAGCGAUUAUGUCAGUUUUGCAUUUGCAGCACAACGCAAUAGAUGCUUGCCAAAAGUUCUUAGCUCCCGAAGUUGGUUCUGACAGUGAUGAGGAUGUUAUUGAAGAUGAAGAUGAGGAUGAAGGAGAAGAUGAGUUUGGAGAAAAUUGUGAAGAAUCUGAACAGUAUAAGUUCUUUGAGAAAGUGUUUGCUGAAGAUGUUGGCUUGAGGGAAUAUUACGAGAACAAUAGUAAAAAAGGAGAUUUUUAUUGUUUGGUUUGUGGUGGUGUUAAGAAGAAAAUGUGGAAGAGGUUUAAGGAUUGCGUUGCACUGAUUCAGCAUUCAACUGCUGUACUAAGGACGAAAAGGAAGCGAGCUCACAGGGCUUAUGCACAAGUCGUCUGUAAAAUUGUUGGUUGGGACAUUAAUCAGUUACCAACUAUUGUGUUGAAGGAUUUGAAUUCCUCAGCAGCUUCAAGGAAGCUUUUGGCUGAACCCGAGAAACCUGCGGCUGCGAAUGAUGAUGAUCGAAAUGGUGAACUUGUUAAUUCUGUUGAUGGCAAUUAGGAUGUUCUUAAUGAAAGUGAAGCCAAAAUGAAUGGAUUAAAUAUGGUUUGUAGGGAGACCCAUGCUGUUCUUCACAAUAUUGGGGAGCUUGUUUGCAGUCUUAGGAAUUUCCCUUGCACUAACUACUAAGUGAUAAUUUUGUAAAUACAUGCAUCUCAAACUCCAUGAAUCUCAAAAUACGAUGCUUGAAAUUGCAAGUGGUUAUUCUCAUUUCCCCAUGUUCCUUUUA